UUGCUUGCUUUUUAUUCCUCCCCACACACUGUUUCUUGUCCCAGGGGACAAGUAAUACAGUACGUUAAUAAUCAUUUUGCUACCCAAAUGUUUGGUAAGACAUAUUUAAAGUGCCUAUAUUUACGGGUGUUUAUUGUGUGCAGAUUAUAAGAGGACUGGUAAAUUAAUCUGAACAAUUUAAUUUAAAUAUAAAAAUAUUUUUUCUUAAAUCUUCAUUCAGCAAAAACAACAUUCCUUCCAUUCAACAAAAACAUGAGGAGACAUACACAAAAUUGCCUGUCCUAUGCGCAGUUGCAAGGCACUUGGCUAAUCAUACUCGUUGCUUCAAAAAGCCUUCUCUUUACAGGUGAAAAAGGUGAAUUUUUAUUGAAGGUGAAAGCUGUCAGCAACGGUUUACCAAAGCUGUUGACAAAUACUCAUGGUUAGUGACCUCUCCCUGUCUUGUCCCGGGGUUUAGAAGCGAUUAAAAAAGAGCAGCCUAGAUUUUACCAUUUGUACGCAGUGAUGCGGAUCGCAGUUAGAAUGUUUGUAUCCGUGAGAGAAAAAACAAAUCGUGAUCACAUGUCGCACUCCAACGACCAGGUAGUAUUUCCCACACAGAAUAUUUCCCUUCACUUUUUUUUCAUUUUUUUUUUUCGUCUGAAUUGCUCAGGGUAUUUGACCUGAGUCAAACCGUGGUACUUAACUAUAAAUAGCUUAAAACUCUCACUCAGUCUCUUUUUCUCUCCCACACACAUGUACACACACAUACACACGUAUACACAAGUGAGCGUUCACAGAGGCACACACACACACAUUCUCUGUCGGUGUUUUUACCUAGUACCUCUAAGUAACACACCAAAUCCCUUAAAUAUAAAAUGACGUUUAAAAUAACAGAAAUGUUGGAAAUAAAAUUUAAAAAUUAGCUUACAUUUAUUUAAUCAAGUUAAAUCAUUUUAUUUAACGCUUUCUUUGUGUUCUCACAAGAUGAAAACCGGUGAAAAAAAAUAUGAAACAAAUGUCUACCGGUCGCUCGUUAACUAUCCCGUUUCAUUUCUCUCCCCUUGAGGUGACUUUCAGUUCAGGUUUCAAAAUCACGGAGCAUGUCGAACUGUAGUUGUUGUUCAGUGAUCUGUUUUGUCUUCUCCACAACUGUCUGAGCGAGGAAGGAAGCAGAAUGUGGCUGGAGCUUACGUGUGCCAUCCUCGGGGCCGCCAUGGCGACGUUUCUAUACGACAGCUUCUACAAAGAACCGCUCCAGUCGCUCGCUACCACCAUCAACGCCUCCUACGACUAUGUCAUAGUCGGCGGCGGAUCAGCAGGUUGUGUGUUGGCCAACAGACUGUCAGAGGACCCUGACGUCACAGUCCUCCUCAUUGAGGCAGGCGGCGAUGACCGAGGUCGUGAUGACAUCUCCACACCGGCUUUUUACGGACGCAUGCUCCACACCGAUGUCGACUGGGACUACAUUUCUGUUCCACAAAAACACGGCUUCGACGAUCUUGUAGGCAAGAGAGUCUACUUUCCAAGAGGGCGUGUCUUGGGCGGGUCGUCCAGUACUAAUUACUUAUGCUACGUCAGAGGUCAUCCUCGAGACUUUGACAGCUGGGCGGAGCAAGGGUGUGAUGGGUGGAGCUAUGAAGACGUUUUACCCUAUUUUUUCAAGUUGGAGGGCUUCGUGGGCGGCGAGUUCGGAGAUUCAGCACUCCUCGGAAAAGAUGGUGCAUUGAAGAUUGAGCAUUCAAACACCUUGAAACUGAACGAGUUCCUGAUCAAUGCUGCGAGGGACCUUGGCUUUUCUCUCUUUGACUAUAUGUCUGGCAAAGGAGAAGGGUUGUCGCCACUGUACACCACGACAUACAGAGGUGAGCGGUACAGCACGUCAAGAGCUUAUCUUCAUCCCGUGUUAACCAGAACAAACCUCCACGUGGCCGUUGACUCGUACGUCACGCGGGUUAUUCUCGAGGGUUCAGUGGCAGUUGGCGUAGAUGUGAUACGCAGAAGCAAGAAAGAGAAAGUACUAGCGAAAACAGAAGUCAUUCUUUCUGCAGGGGUCUUUGGGUCUCCCAAGAUCCUCAUGCUGUCAGGGAUCGGACCGAGACAGCAUCUUAGAGACUUGGGGAUUCCUGUCUUGGUGGACUUGCCAGUGGGAGACAACCUCCAUGAUCAUGUGAUAUUUGACUACCAGGUAACACUUCAAAAGCCAGUCAGUCGGCGUAUCACUGAUUUUUCUAACAUUUGGAGCAAAUUUCAGUUUCAUCUGUUUGGAACAGGUGUUCUUUCAAAACCUGGCCAUGAUUACCAAAUGUUCGUCAGCACCAAUAACCACAGCAAGGAGCUCGGGUGGCCAGACCUUCAGGUUUUGUUUCCUCCAGUCCUGUGGAACACAAGGGUACUUCGUUCUCUGGGAUUCCUGGAAGAGGUUGUACAAGAAGCUGCCAGAAGAGAUGAAGUUCAGUACGGGUUAACAUGUUUUGCCGCUAAUUUGAGACCUCGAAGCAGGGGGACGUUCCGAUUGCAAAGUUCGGAUCCGUUUGAUGACCCUCUCAUCGACCCCAACUACUUCAGAGACCCCAAAGAUGUGGUUACUCUACUCAAAGGCAUUGACAUCUGCAAGAGUCUAGUUCAAACCCCCAGCCUACAGUCCCUAGGGGCCCGGCCCGCUGACGGGCCAUCUGCUGCGUGUGUGGGGCCCAACAGCCCUUACGACUCUGAGGCCUACUGGACGUGCAUGGUGCGAAGACGAUCAGUGUCGUACUACCAUCCUGUGGGCACGGCUAAAAUGGGCUCAGCUAAUGAUUCUACAGCUGUUGUCGACACCACCCUAAGAGUCCGAGGCAUAAGUGGCCUGAGAGUCGUUGAUGCCUCGGUCAUUCCCAGCAUUCCUUCCGCCAACACCAACGCUGCUGUCAUCAUGAUAGCAGAGAAAGCUUCCGACAUCAUCCGAGCCAACCGGAAGUCUGUGACUAAACAGUGAGGAGAGGACAAGAUGCGCAGAGAUAGAAGCUGCAUAUGACGUCGUUAGUUAAAUAUUAUGACGUAAAAUUGACGUAAACAAAGCAUGACGUUAUUCAUUUUUAAGGUCAACAAGGUUGUUUGUCGUCAUGGUGAUAUUUGCUGCUUCCGACAUCAUUCGAAUGCAGAGUAAAGAGUGGUCAUGUCUGGAGUAAGAAAAUGUGUGUACCAACAUCUCCCUUCAGGGUAGAUAACUGCCAUGUACAAUGUGUCCCUUGGGUGGCGAAAAUGAUUAUCCGGACACUAGUGGCGAUUUACUUCAAUUCACGUGGAAAUGUUUAUGCAGAAAUAUUAAAAUUUAACAGGUUAAGAUUUCGUUGUCAUUAUAAGAAAUUAUUUUUUUCAAAUUGGAUAUCAAUGUAAUUUUCAUCUUUUCGUUUAUGUAUAAAAUAUCUAAAUCACAGUCAGAUCUGUGCGUACAUUAAUUUGCUUUAUUCCGUGAUUGUAAAAUGCCGUAUAUCCAAUAAAGGCAGUCUGCUAAAUUUGUUCCUUUAUUUGAAGUGUGACUGGCUGCUACCAAAAAAGUUAUUGUUUAUAAAACGUUUACAAACCGUUUAACGCUUUUGUCCUUGUUUUAUUUCUAUUUUCAAUUUGUUUCUUACUUAU